AUGGGAAGACAUCUUUGUUGCUUCCGCGACGCGGCCGCACUAGUCUGCUGCAUCAACGCCGCCGGACGACCCCAGCACCGCCGCCGGCCCGCCACCGCCCAGCACCGCCGCCGGCCCGCCCCUCCCCGCCACCGCGGCCCUUCCCCGCCCCUCCCCGCCACCGCAGCCCUCCCCUGCGCCCGUCCCUCCACCGUUCUAGGCCGCGGCACCGCCCCCUCCCCGCGGCCCUCCCGGCCACCGCGGCCCUCCCGGCCACCGCGGCCCUCCCGGCCACCGCGGCGUGCCCCGCGGCCCUCCCCGCCACCGCAGCCCGCCUCUCCUCUCCAGUCCUCACCUCAGAGCUCAGACCAUGGAUCUCGUGGCGCCGGCGGCCGCACGCCCGCUGCACCGGAUCUGAAGCUUCUCCUCCCCCUCUUCCUCACCCCGGUCAGAUCUUCUUCGUCUCGUGUUCCUCCCCGCGCCGCCGGCCGCUGGUCCCCGACCUCAUCCCACCAUGGAUUUGACACCCCCGUGCUCUUCUUCUCUUCAGGCAGGAUCGACUUCCUUCUCAAUAGUGAAAUUUCUUCUGUUGUUCAAGUGAGAGAAACAUGCAGAGUCCUUCUCAGGGAGGAGUUCGAGGACAGUCUUGAAAAUCCAGAUCCGGUACCUUUGGCGUUGUUGACGACAGACCAAGCUAACCUUGCGGUUCAGGCGGACUCGAAUGUUGGAUCUGGAUGCGGGUAGCAAAUUGGCGGCGGUGGUACUGAGAGGGCGAACUGCAGCGAGCGGUGUCGUCGAGGGGCUUCGCCGACAGCAUCCGCAGUUAACGUACAGGGUCAACCCUCAUGCCCCUGGUUGGUCUAAGAGGUCUCCCCAUCAUCAGGAGUUGAAAAAACAGCCUGGAACAUCCAGAUCCAGUGCCCCUAGUCCUGUUGCCACUGCACAAGGCGAAGCCGACGAGUGCUGGAGGAUUUGAACUGCGUGUCUGGCUAUGUGCAAGAGGUCAGUGGCCGCAGCCAGUGAAGAGCAGGAGGUGAGGUCCGUCGAAGGAAGAAUGCUUCCCCGGCUCAGUCCGCACAAUCCACAUUAAAGGUUAACCCGGAGGCACCAUGAUGGACUAAAAGAUUUGCUUAAGAUCACGUAAGCUUGGGUUGGUGGAGUGCUUGUAUUUAGUUUUUGUUUUGACCUUGUGAAACUUGCUACCUAUGGAUGAAACUGUGUAAUAUUGAUGAAACUAUGUAUAUGUAUGGAUGAAACUUGCUACUAUUGUUAACAUGUGUUGGAUAUAUAUGUGUCCAUGACUAUUGGUAAUA